UGUUUUCAUAUGGAUGCAAACACUUCUUUGGGUUUAGUGUUAUUAGAUGUUUAGUAUGUUUUUUUUUUUUUUACUUUUGUAGACACUAAUGUAAAUACCAAAACAAUUGAUUGUAGGAAAUAAACCUUGUAAGUAUAAAGUGUAGAGUGUAAAUGGACGAGCUGCUGUGGUUGUGGUUUUGGCGCGGUGAGUGACUCUGGCACUGGGCUCUGCAGCCUGGGAGUUACAGCUUCAUCCUCUCAGGUUCAGUGUGGGUUAGGAUGCUGGGAAAUAAGUUUGUGUUUCAGAUGUCAGGCCUGAGGGAUCUUCAGCAGAAAGCAGAGCUGAUCCAGGGCAUCAGACAGCUCCAGGGUCAAUACAUAGGAGGAUCUAUUUACAACGAGGCAAUGACUCAUCUCAUCAUCACUAAGCCUUCAGCGAGUGAGAAGUUCCUUGCAGCUUGUGCUGGAGGGAAAUGGAUUGUGACUCCCCAGUUUGUUCUGGACAGUGUAAAACACUUGGCAUGGCUACCUGAAGCCUCCUAUGAGUUAAACCUCACUGCUAACACCAAGACCCAUGCGACUGCAAACCCUCUUCAGAAAUGGAGGGAGAAAGUUGCCCGAGGCAUCAAGUCUGGAGCUUUUCAGGAUUGGGUUGUUUAUCUUGAGAUUGAGGACCAUGUUAGGAGAGCCAUGUUUGAAAGAAUUCUGAAAGCAGGAAAGGCUGUGCUCUGCCCUGACGAAUCGGCCUCUCCACCCAUUACACACGUGUUAACCAAAGGCGCAUCCAAAACCUCUCGGGAACUUUCAGCAAAUUAUUUCAACAUCAGCUACAUUGCUGAACAUCUCUUUGGGGCAGUGUGCGCAGAGUUGGACUCGUCCAUUAAUUUGAACAAACGAAGCCAGCAGACGAGUUGUGUUCAACCAGAGGUCAUGGAGUGCAGUUCUAUAAUAGUGCAGGAUGAACCAAUGGAUGUAACAGAUUAUUCCCCUCUUUUAAAGCUAGAGGAAACACUUAAAGACUACAUCACCAGAAUGGAGGCGCAGAAACGAAACCUGCUGAAAGUCCCUGGGUUUUAUAGCUACUACACCCCCGUCUUUCCAACACAGGCCACAGUGGUGGAUUUCAGUAAUGUUCGGAGCCUGGUCGAGUGCGGGCUCUACCCCCAGGCUCUUGAAGAGUUGCAGGGUUGUCUGCACGCUGGUGUACUUCCCCCAGCCUCACUGCUUCAGGACUGCAUGCAUCAUGCACUCCAUGGUGAAGCAGAGCCGUACUUUCUCAGUAUGUUCUGCAUUGUUCUGAACGACAUCCUGCGUAAUAACCCUACAUGGAACUUUCCAGCAAGCGCCAAGUACUUCUUGCAGAUUCUGCAGUGUCCAGAAUGUAAGACAGGACUGUGGCCGUUUCUACAGACGUCUCUAAGGUUCUGCUUGGAGAGCACAAAGACCUGUCACCGACUGCCUAACCCCGCCUCAACAGAGCUGCUCCAUUUCCAUGGCAACUUCCAAGCUUUCAUUCUCAGGUUGUUUCGGUUGGAGCUUCACGCCAUCGCCUCAACUAGGCGGACGCCAGGCUCACGGGCCUCGGUGCUCUACAGCGUGUUCUGGGGCGUGUGGGAGAAGAUGACACUGAAGUCCAAACCCCUGAAGCAGCUGGCGGAGUUGCUGGUGGAAACCACACUCUGGGCUGUUCCCUCAUCUCAGCAAUGGAGGCUGCAAGUGUUGUCCACGCUGCAGGAGAUUCUGUCUGUAGUGGUGGAGUACUGGGCUCAGGAGCACUCUCAGCUCAACAGCCGGAUGGUAGAGAAAGGCUUUCAGGAUCUCGCAGAAUGCAUGGCUAUCCUGUGCCAAGACCUGCAGCCAGACACCCUGAGGGUGCUGGUUCCUGCCCUCCCAUCUCACCGGCUCAGGAUGCUCACUGCUGAUGCAAUCUACAGAAACAUCUGCACUCGGAACGGCCUGGUCGUCGGGUCAGAGCCGCUCUCCCUUCACAAGAUUGUCGUCUCCUACCUGAAGGCCCUGGGGCAGUUGUGUGGGUGCGAACCGAGGCAUUCCUCCAAGCACCAGUUUGAGAAAACCAUCGCACUAACCUCAGACAGUCAGAGUUCAGGAGAAAGACAGCGUGUGGGUGGCUCAGGUUUGGCGAAGGACAACAUGCCAAAAGGUUUCCAUCGAGUCAAUGUUGCAGGGGAGACACUCCUGCAUCGAGCAUGCAAGAGGAACCAGGUGGAGAAGGUGCUGCAGAUUCUCAGUCUUCCUGGAGUGGAUGUCAACGUUAAAGAUCAUGCAGGCUGGACGCCUUUACACGAAGCAUGUAACCAUGGCAGUGGAGAGUGUGUGAAGGCCCUCCUGGAGCACUGCCCCGGCCUGCAGCUGAACAGCCAGGUGGGAGGAGAGAGUCCACUGCAUGACGCCCUGCGUAACCAGCACACGCACAUCGCCAAGAUGCUGCUGCGCCAUGCAGGUUCUAUGCUGUUGCAGCUGCGUGAUCGUUCUGGUCACACUCCUUUGGAUCUGGUCUCCUGUGCUAGGCUGCGUGACGAGCUCCUACGCUGUGCUGAAGAAGGAGACGCGACUUUGGCUGUUCAGAGCUCUGAGGUCAGAGACAUAGCCUUUCUGGAGUCCUGCUCGUGUCUCCUCGGCUGCCUCCUCCUCACCUAUUUAACGGAGCAACACGUCCCCUCUUAUGAAUACACGGAGCCAGCGCUGGACCUCAGUCCCUCCGUAGCACAGAUGCUGCUCAGGCUGACCGCAGAGACACUAAGCUCACAGUGGCAAGACUCUCGAGCACAGGCUCUUGCUCAUGACUUGAGGACUCUGAUGAGUAUGGAACAGUGUGUGCUGCAGCUGAGUCCCACACUAAAACACUUCCACGGGGCACACACCAGUCUGCUUAUCCAGCUGCUGACGGACCUGCAGGCUGCGGGGGCGGCCAUGCUCAGUGGCAAUCCUGAACUGUGACUGGCACCUACAGUACAUUUCCACACUUUUUUAUUGAUUCUUGAUAAAAUAUUGCUAAUAAUAAUAAUUAUUAUUAUUAUUACAUUGUAUUAGACUUAAGCUACUCUCCUUGAACUGACAUGUUUCUACUUUUUUCACCACUUGUUUGAAAUAAAACACUUUUUGCACUUUUCCUAAAUGAGAAAUGAAUAGCAAGCAAAGUUUAUCUUCACAUAUUGUAAAGUUUGUAAAUUAUCUUAGAGGCAACCGGCUGCAAUAAACGCAGGAUUUCACUAGAGGAUAUGUGAACACCUGCUUGUUCUCAGA